AUGGGCGUCUGCGCAGCCUCGUUCUUGACCGCCGCCUUCCUGGCUUCAGCACCUCUGACAGUGAGUGCUGCCGUCCACGCCGCCGUCAUCUUCACCCGCACGGGAGAGCGCACGCCCUUGCUGGGCCAGCCUGGGCUCGCCGAGCUCACCCCUCUGGGAGCUAGACAGGCCUACAGCCAAGGGACCAUCUUUCGCCAGCGCUACAUCGCGCCGCAAGCCAACAGCGUCGACCUUGGAGGCCCAGACGCCAUUCGCAACAUCUCCGAGUACGACGUCGUGAACAGCCAAUUGUAUGUGCUCGCCACCGAUGCUACCUACGCAGCCGCAACCGCCCAAGCCUUCCUCCAGGGCCUGUAUCCGCCUCACACGCUGAACGACACGGCUACGCCUGCGCUUGCCGCAACCGCUGUCCUCGCAAACGGGACUUACGUUGAAGCACCCUUGAAUGGUUACCAGUACCCACGCAUCCGGACGGCGUCAUCCCUUGAUCCAGCCAGCGUCUACCUCGCUGGCCAGGAAGUGUGCCUCAACUACGUCUUUGAUCGCGCGAGCUAUUUCGACACGCUCGAGUUCAAUGAAACGCAGGCUAGAACGAGUUCCUUCUAUAGUGGGGUUGGGGCCGCAACUUCGGACGGAGUCCUGCCAGAGGUGGCGUACAGCUACGUCAACGCGUAUGCCAUCUACGACUAUCUCAGCUACCAGUAUAUGCAUAACGUGAGCACUCGAGCCAUACUUUCGAACAACAUCACUUUGCCCAACGCAUUUGACGAGCUCCGAUAUCUGGCGGAUCAGCAACAAUGGGCGUUCAACAGCAUGCCCAACUCGUCACAGUGGAUCCGGGCGGUAGCGGGGAAGAUGCUGGCCAGGAAGAUACUAGGCCAGCUCGCCGUCAACAUUGCGACCCAAGGCGCAAACGCGAAGCUGUCGCUGCUGUUUGGCGAGUUCCAGCCAAUGCUCUCGCUCUUCUCCCUGGCCCUGCAGCAAAGAAGCAACUCGUCGCAUUCGUACGGGAUUCCCGAGUUUGCCAGCAGCAUGGCGUUUGAGCUCUUCAGCUACGGCACCGCAACGGAGAGCUAUCCAGCAACGUCGGAUCUCUGGGUGCGCUUCUACUUCCGCAACGGCACAUCCAACUCGUCCGAGCUGAUUGCGUAUCCGAUCUUCGGUCACGGGCCGUCGGAAACCGCAAUGCGCUGGUCGGAAUUCGAGACGAGCAUGGGCGACAUCAUGCUCGACGACGUGGGCGAGUGGUGUGCGGCGUGCGAUGCAGCGGCCAUCUUCUGCCCUGCUCUAGUCGGGAGCCCGGCGGCCUUGGCGUCUGGCAGCAGCGGCUCGAGCAUGCCGCCAGCAGUGGCAGGCGUCGUGGGCGCAGGCACCGCGAUGGGGGUCGGGCUUCUCGCGGUGGCAGCGCUCAUGCUGCUUGGCGGUUUGCGCUUCCACCGCGCCGCCCCAGUGAUAGGCGCCGGAAGGCGACGGAAAUCAUCGCUGGGCGGGUUCAAGAGCAACGCAAAAUUGGCCAGCGACGCAGACGUCAGCUUUGCCAGCAAGGGUGCUCCAUUGGGCGUGUCUGUGGCGGAGCAGCAGCAGCAGCAGUCGGGCCUGGCUCGGGAGAGGGUCGGCAGCUGGGAAAUGGACGGCGCGAGGGUCGAGCAUCUGAGCGGCAGCGCCGGCGGCGCGCCGGGCGACUGGAAGGGCGACUGGAAGGGCGACGACAGCAGGCGGUCGAGCGUCGACAUACACGAAAGCACGGUGGCGAGGCCGCACUCGCGGCUGUGA